CGUGUUGUUUUCAUGUACAUGGUGUGAGUGCUGUGAGUCCCGACAAAAGUGUGAUAUUUCUGUGUUAGAGUCCACUGUAAAACCUCAGCAACAAACAUGGGGAAGAAACUCAAAGUCGGAAAGACCCGAAAAGAUAAAUUCUACCACCUGGCUAAAGAAACAGGCUAUCGCUCUCGUUCCUCCUUCAAACUCAUCCAGCUCAACCGUAAAUUUACGUUUCUGCAGAAAGCCAGAGCUCUGGUCGACUUAUGUGCUGCUCCGGGUGGAUGGUUACAGGUAGCGUCCAAGUUUAUGCCAGUUUCAAGUCUCAUUAUUGGUGUUGACCUGGUUCCCAUCAAGCCCAUCCCCAAUGUGGUGACGCUGCAAGAAGACAUCACCACUGAGAAAUGCAGACAGGCUUUACGAAAGGAGCUGCAGACCUGGAAGGUUGAUGUGGUGUUAAAUGAUGGAGCUCCAAAUGUGGGAGCCAACUGGCAACAUGAUGCCUUCUCACAAGCUCAUCUGACCCUCAUGGCUCUGAAACUGGCUUGUGAGUUUCUGACCAAAGGUGGCACAUUCGUCACAAAGGUCUUCCGCUCCAAAGACUACCAGCCACUGCUCUGGAUCUUCCAGCAGUUCUUCAAGAAGGUGCAGGCCACCAAGCCGCAAGCGUCUAGGAACGAGUCCGCCGAGAUCUUUGUCAUCUGUCAGGGCUUUGUUGCCCCGGAUAAAAUCGACGGUAAAUUCUUUGACCCCAAGCAUGCGUUCAAAGAGGUGGAGGUGCAGGCCAAAACUGUGAGGGAGCUGAUUCCUGUCAAGAAGCCAAAGGCGGAGGGAUACACAGACGGUGAUUUGACGCUCUACCACAGUUUCACAGUGACAGCCUUUCUCAAAGCCGACAACGCAGUGGACUUCCUGGGUAAAGCCAGCGAGAUCACCUUCGACAACCCAGACCUGGAGUCUCACUCAGCCACCAGUCUUGAGAUAAAGGAGUGUUGUCGGGACAUCAAAGUCUUGGGCCGUAAAGAACUCCGCCUGCUGCUGAACUGGAGGUCCAAGCUGAGGAGAUACCUGGCCAGGAAACUGAAGCAGGAGGCCAAACAGCUUGACCAGCAGAUCAACUUAAGUUCUGAUGAAGAUGGGAGUAAUUCAGAGGAAGAGCCAGACAAGAAGAAAGUAGAAGGAGAGGGGGAGGAGGAAGUGGACACUGACGAGGAGGAAGAAAUGGAGAGGAAACUGGCAGAGAUGAAAGCUGAGGAGGUGGCUGACCUGAAACGGAAGAAGAGGAAGCUGCUGAAGGAGCGGAGGAAGCAGAGGGAGAGGGUGGAGCUGAAGAUGGACCUGCCGGGCAUCUCCAUCGCUGACGGCAACGACUCAUCCUUGUUUUCCCUCACCACCGUCAAGAAGCAAAAGGCGCUGGCUGAUAUAUCCAAGGGGGACAUGCAGGCAGCAGACACUCUGUUAGAUGAAGAGGACGACCUUCACCUGUCUGAGGAAGAGGAUGACGAUGCAGAUAAAAUGUCCCUGGCCUCUGAUUUAGAUGAAGAGGAGAUGGAAGAGGUGGAGCACAGACAGAAAGCGCUGGAGAAGAAAGCGCCAAAGAAGAAAGUACAGUUCGCCGAGGAAGAGGAGGAGGAUGAAGGGCAGGAGAGUGGUUUGCUGGUGGAGCUGGAGGGAAAGGACGAGAAGAAAGAACGAGAGACCAGCCUGUGGUUCAGCAAGGGCAUCUUCUCUGAGAUCGACCUGGAAGGAGACGCAGAGAGCGAGCUCCAGCAGACAGAGUGGCUCCAGAGCAAACAGACAGGAAAAGGCAAAAAGAGGAAAGCUGAGGAGGAAGAGGAGGAAGUGGGGGAAACUGCUCAGCCAGAGGAGGAAAAGGCAGGACCUUCACAGGAAGCUGAGGAGGAGAGUGACAGCGACUCAGAUGACAGCAGCGACGAUGAGAAGGAGAUCACCAGGAUGAAGCAGGCCAGGGGGGCUGCUGGGAUGUCAGGAGAAGCCGAUGCCGACGACUUCCAGGUUGUUCCUGUAGAAAGCACCAGUAAGAAAGCCAGGAUCCUAGAUGCAGAAGGCCUGGCCCUCGGCUGUCAGAUUGCUACGUCUAAGAAGAGAGCCAGGGACCUGGUGGACAGCUCCUUUCAUAGGUUUGCAAACUCCGACGAGGCGUGGGAGGUUCCUGAGUGGUUCCUGGACGAUGAACGCAAACACCGGAAGAAGCCAGUGCCAGUCACCAAAGAGAUGGUGGAGGAGUACAAACAGAAAUGGAAGGAGAUCGAUUCCCGACCUAUCAAACGAGUUGCUGAGGCCAAGGCCAGGAAGAAGAGGAGGAUGCUGAAAAAGAUGGAGCAGGCUAAGAAGAAAGCGGAGGCAGUUGUCAAUACAGUGGACAUCUCUGAAAGGGAGAAGAUGGCUCAGCUAAAGAGUAUCUACAAGAAAGCAGGGGUUGGAAAGGAGAAGAGAGAAGUAACAUACGUUGUGAGCAAAAAGGGAGCCGGCAAGAAGGUGAGACGGCCGCCUGGUGUCAAGGGAGUCUUCAAAGUGGUGGACAGUCGCAUGAAGAAAGACAUGCGGGGAAUGCAGAGGAAAGACCAACAUGCUAAAGGAGGCAAAGGAAAAGGUGGCAAAGGCAAAGGAAGGCCGUCAAAGGGUGGCAAAGGAGGAGUGAAGGGUGGUAAAGGGCGAAAAGGAAAAUAAAUUUGAACCCACAACGUUCUUGCAGUCCUGCCUUUCUAUCUAACGAUUAAACAUUGCCUGGACUCAUGUGUGCAGGUAAGCAUUUAUGGAGCUUUGUGAGCUGAGAUGGGUCUCACACCAUGGGCUCCUGUAUCAUGGACACACUGAACUUUGGCCAUUGACAUGGAUGCCCUCUUUUUAGCAACCUUUGCUGAGGUUCCUUAAACCCCUGAACAGGACACUAGAGCUAUGAUCUAUAGGUAUUACAGUGCUGGUGUUGUGGUUACAUCUUUCUGAAGAUGUAGAUUAUUUGCCUUGAGCUCCUCGAAUGGAGCUGUUUCACCGAAGAGCUGAACUGUUAAACAUGUUUAACACAAUAACAAUAAAUAUGUUCAACAGAGUUUGUAAAUAUUAAAUACACAUAUUUGCA